ACAACGGCUCCAUCUACCACAACUGCACCAACAUCUACCACUCUAACAACAACAACUCUGCCAACAUCUACCACUUUAUCAACAACAACUCUGCCAACAUCUACCACAUCUACCACAACUGCACCAACAUCUACCACUCUAACAACAACAACUCUGCCAACAUCUACCACUUUAUCAACAACAACUGAGCCAACAUCUACCACUCUAACAACAACAACAACUGAGCCAACAUCUACCACUCUAACAACAACAACUGAGCCAACAUCUACUACAACAACUGAGCCAUCAUCUACCACUCUAACAACAACAACUAUGCCAACAUCUACCACUUUAUCAACAACAACUCUGCCAACAUCUACCACUUUAUCAACAACAACUCUGCCAACAUCUACCACUUUAUCAACAACAACUGAGCCAACAUCUACCACAACAACUGAGCUAACAUCUACCACUCUAACAACAACAACUGAGCCAACAUCUACUACAACAACUGAGCCAACAUCUACCACUCUAACAACAACAACUGAGCUAACAUCUACCACAACAACUGAGCUAACAUCUACCACUCUAACAACAACAACUGAGCAAACAUCUACCACAACAACUGAGACAACAUCUACCACUCUAACAACAACAACUGAGCCAACAUCUACUACAACAACUGAGCCAACAUCGACCACUCUAACAACAACAACUGAGCUAACAUCUACCACUCUAACAACAACAACUGAGCUACCAUCUACCACAACAACUGAGCUAACAUCUACCACUCUAACAAAAACUGCUGAGCCAACAUCUACCACAACAACUGAGCCAACAUCUACCACUCUAACAACAACAACUGAGCCAACAUCUACCACAACAACUGAGACAACAUCUACCACUCUAUCAACAACAACUGAGCCAACAUCGACCACUCUAUCAUCAACAACAGCUGAGCCAACAUCUACCACCACAACUGAGCCAACAUCUACCACUCUAACAACAACAGCUACACCAACAUCUCCUACAUCUACCACUCUAAUAACAACAACUGAGCCAACAUCUACCACAACAACUGAGACAACAUCUACCACUCUAUCAACCACAACUGAGCCAACAUCUACCACUCUAACAACAACAGCUGCACCAACAUCUGCCACAACAACUGAGCCAACAUCUACUUUUCUAACAACAACAACUGAGCCUACAUCUACCACUCUAACAACAACAGAUGCGCCAACAUCUACCACAAUAACUGAACCAACAUCUACCACUCUAACAACAACAACUGAGCCAACAUCUACCACAACAACUGAGCCAACAUCUACCACAACAACUCCGCCAACAUCUACCACAACAACUCCGCCAACAUCUACCACAACAACUCCGCCAACAUCUACCACAACAACUGAGCCAACAUCUACUAUUCUAACAACAACAACUGAGCCAACAUCCACCAUUCUGUCAACAACAGCUGCGCCAAUACUUACCACAACAACUGAGCCAACAUCUACCACUCUAUCAACAACAACUGCACCAACAUCUACCACAACAACUCCGCCAACAUCUACCACAACAACUGCCCCAACAUCUACCACUCUAACAACAACAACAACUGCACCAACAUCUACCACAACAACUGAGCCAACAUCUACCACAACAACUGAGUCAACAUCUACCACUUUAACAACAACUGCACUAACAUAUACCACUCCAUCAACAACAACUGUGCCAAAGUCUACCACUCUAACAACAACAACUGCACCAACAUCUACCACAACAACUCCGCCAACAUCUACCACAACAACAGCGCCAACAUCUACCACAACAACUGAGCCAACAUCGACCACAACAACUGCGCCAACAUCUACCACAACAACUGAGCCAACAUAUACCACUCUAACAACAACAACAACUGCGCCAACAUCUACCACAACAACUCCGCCAACAUCUACCACUCUAACAACAACAACUGCACCAACAUCUACCACAACUGUGCCAACACCUACCACAACAACUCCGCAAACCUCUACCAAGCUAACAACAACAACAACUGCCCCAACAUCUACCACAACAACUCCGCCAACAUCUACCACUCUUACAACAACUGUGCCAAUAUCUACCAUUCUUUUAACAACAUCUGUAUCAUCAACAUUGAUAUCAACUGCAUUAACAUCAUCUACCUCUUCACUGACAACAACUCAACCAGCAAGUCAGUCAACAGCAUUAUCUCCAGAAGCUGUCCUGCGAAACAUGACAGCAGUUGCGUACAUUAAUUUCAAAAUGAGAUCCUUCGUUGAGCUGAGGAAUGAUGAAAUCGUUACAUAUCUUGAAAAGUUUUUCAAGUACACAAACAGCAGUGGGAACAUCAGGAUUACCGUGAGGAAAUCAAAAAAACUAUUGACUUGAGGAUCUGACGC